AAAAUCCCUGGCUAAAAGGGAAGCGCAUUCGCCUGCUGAGGAGCUGCUCUCCUGCAGCCGGGAGCGAUGGAGCAACCCAUGCUGUGAGCCGGGAGACCGACCCGAGGGCAAGGGCGAGAAGACAAGCAAGGAGGAAGAGAGGAAGGAGGACCUCUGCAGAAGCGGAAGCUGUUCGGGGAAGCAACCCUCAGCAGAUGGAAACCAGACCGAGAGCCCACCGGCCAGGUCUGCAGCUUUGUUUUUCUGGACGAGAAGAAAGUACCUGAGGAUUGCCCUUUCCCCCAUCUCAGUUAGCGACAACUACUUUUAUCCUCAUCAGAACGAAAGGAUCAAGGGCAGGCAAAGGCAGUCCCUGAGAGCUGCAGGGAAAUCCAGGCUGUUUUUUUGCACGGACCAAAGCCAUCUUGGUUUAGACACCCUCGGUUCAGAAGAAUUCCAGCUGGACCAGCGAGACUGCACUAUUUUUACACUUAAAUAUAUAUGUCCUCAAACGACACGAUCCUUGUUGGUAAGCAGAGGUGACAAGGACGUGUCGGUACAAAUUACACGCGCACGCCCUCAGAGAGAGACAGGUUGCUUUUGGAGGCUGAAAUCUUACUGAGAAGGAUGGAAAAAGGAGCGAGGCACCGAAACCUCGCCGAGAAGAACCACCCAGGUGGGGGCGAGUCGCGGGCCGAGCCCGGGGCUGGCUCCGGAGGGGGCGGGGUGGCCCUGAAGAAAGAGAUCGGAUUGGUCAGCGCCUGUGGGAUCAUCGUAGGGAACAUCAUUGGCUCCGGGAUCUUUGUCUCACCAAAGGGUGUGCUGGAGAAUGCUGGCUCCGUUGGCCUCGCUCUCAUUGUGUGGAUUGUGACAGGUAUCAUCACAGCUGUGGGAGCCCUCUGCUAUGCUGAGCUGGGGGUCACCAUCCCCAAAUCUGGAGGUGACUACUCCUAUGUCAAGGACAUCUUUGGAGGACUAGCUGGGUUCCUGAGGCUGUGGAUCGCUGUGUUGGUGAUCUACCCCACCAACCAAGCUGUCAUCGCGCUCACCUUCUCCAACUACGUGCUGCAGCCGCUCUUCCCCACCUGCUUCCCCCCCGAGUCUGGACUUCGACUCCUAGCCGCUAUCUGCUUAUUGCUCCUCACAUGGGUCAACUGUUCCAGUGUGCGAUGGGCCACCCGGGUUCAAGACAUCUUUACAGCUGGGAAGCUUCUGGCUCUGGCCCUGAUCAUCAUCAUGGGGGUUGUACAGAUAUGCAAAGGAGAAUACUUCUGGCUCGAGCCAAAGAAUGCAUUUGAGAAUUUCCAAGAACCAGACAUCGGCCUUAUCGCAUUGGCUUUCCUUCAGGGCUCCUUUGCCUAUGGAGGCUGGAACUUUCUUAAUUAUGUGACUGAGGAACUUGUUGACCCCUACAAGAACCUUCCCAGAGCCAUCUUCAUCUCCAUCCCACUGGUCACAUUUGUGUAUGUCUUUGCCAAUGUCGCGUAUGUUACUGCAAUGUCCCCCCAGGAGCUGCUGGCAUCAAACGCAGUCGCUGUGACUUUUGGAGAGAAGCUUCUAGGGGUCAUGGCCUGGAUCAUGCCCAUUUCAGUUGCCCUGUCCACAUUUGGAGGAGUUAAUGGAUCUCUCUUCACUUCCUCCCGGCUAUUCUUUGCUGGAGCCAGAGAAGGCCACCUUCCCAGCGUGCUGGCCAUGAUACACGUGAAGCGCUGUACGCCAAUCCCAGCCCUCCUCUUUACAUGCAUCUCCACCCUGCUGAUGCUGGUCACCAGCGACAUGUACACGCUCAUCAACUACGUGGGCUUCAUCAACUACCUCUUCUACGGGGUCACAGUUGCUGGACAAAUAGUCCUUCGCUGGCAGAAGCCUGACAUCCCUCGCCCUAUCAAGGUCAGCCUGCUGUUCCCCAUCAUCUACUUGCUGUUUUGGGCCUUCUUGCUGAUCUUCAGCCUGUGGUCAGAGCCGGUGGUGUGUGGCAUUGGCCUGGCCAUCAUGCUGACAGGAGUGCCUGUCUAUUUCCUGGGUGUUUAUUGGCAAAACAAGCCCAAGAGCUUUAAUGACUUCAUUGAGUUGCUGACCUUGGUGAGCCAGAAGAUGUGCGUGGUCGUGUACCCGGCACAGGAGGGAGACUUGGGGAUGGAGGGCAUAAGUGAGGACCCGGAGGGGCAGCGGCAGUCCUACCAGCCAGCACCCACCAAGGACCAAGACUUGGAAGAGCAGCUCCAAGACUGAGGGCUUGAGGACUGCCCUCCCCUCAGCUAACUACACCCUCCUUCCUCCCCAUUCCUGCCUUGCCUCCCUGCCUGGGCCCCCCAACACACAUACACACACACACACACACACACACACACACACACACACACACACACCCUCUCCUCUGUCGAGCAGGACCUGGGUGUAGGGGGUGAGGAGUUAUAAACAAAAAUACUGACAUCUGUACCCAAAGAACCAGCCUCUCACCCCAGACCCAUGCCCAAGCCCCCACACAAGGGCUGCCCUGAGCAUUAGAGGAGAGCAGAGAUGCCAGGGGUGCCCUGCAGCACUUUCCAGGCCUCUGCCCCCAAUGCCUCUUAGCAAGCUGAGGUUGCUAUUGCCUUCCCUCCCCGUUCCUGAGCCCCAGGGAGCCUCAGUUCAGAGAGAGGAGGCAGACAGACUGCACAAAUCCAUCACCACUAAAGAUCAGCUGGAGAGACUCAAACCCUCUUUCUUCACCAUAGACCCCAAAAUAGAGGAGAUGUGUCCCUCUGUCCUCUUCCCACCCUGUGCCACCACCUCCACCACCAUCCGCCCUGGCUCCCUGCUGGAGAAAGGCUGCUUUCAGCUCCUCCACAAGGAGGAGGAGAAGGAGGAAGAAGAGGAGAAGGAGGAAGGAGGAGGAGGAUGGCCCCCACCCCAGCCCUGAGCCAGGCUUGUGGGAAAGACUGCAGCAACCCAGCCCUGCCCCUUCCCCCCUGCAUUCCAUCCCCACCCCCGCCCGGUGUGGUGCCAAAGCUUCCUGAAGCCAGAAAGACUUCUUACUUCCAGUGCAGUGGAUCUCUUGCUGUCUCCUAAUGACAACACCACUCAGCUCCUCCUUGGUCCCCACUCCAUGGAAAGGGGCAGUGACCCUCUUCCCCUGGGCCUGUGCCCCACACACCCUCAUGGAGCCAACGCUGCUGGCCCCUCCUGUCAUGCCCUUUCCUCCUCUCUGGACCUUGGCUCAGGGACCUGGUAUGAAGGAAGGAUCCCCAGGCCCUUCAGGCCUGAAACCAGAGCCAAACCAGCCUUAAGUCACCUUCCAUCCAAGAACUGGACCUAAAAAUACUCCCUUAUUUCUUACCCACAGGACAGACCUGGUAUUAAAUGCCUUCCCUGGGUGGAAGGGUGCUUUCCUACCUCCCCAGAGCUGCCUGUUCCACAACCUGGGGUCCAUUUGGGAGAGCAUUUUCUAAGGCCUGUUCCUCUUCACUGCUGACCCUCACGUAACUCCUCUCUCCUGCUCUCACCACCCCCGUUCUGGGAUGGGAUGAGAAGGCAGUGGCAAAAUGGUGCCUGAUUUGGGGAUCCUCAGGCAAGUGUCCUCCCUGGGGUAUGUGGGCUUCUGACCUUUUCCUGUGCUCCAAAGGAAGGUGAUGCUGUUUACCCUGGCCCUGCAGCCUCUGCAGCCGCCCCUGCCAUCCUGAGGACACAGAGUCCUCUUAUCCCAAUGCAGGACCCCUCAUUCCGUCUCCUUAAACUGGAACACCCAGGGAGCCCCUCCUGGCCCAGGCAGGGUCUCCCAGCUUCCCACCCAGCUUGCCUAACCCCUCGUUGGUAAGAGGCUGGGUUAGGGCUGAGUUGUGGCCCCUCAGAGAAGACACCAGCCAGGCUGGAGUGAGCCCUGGAGGACCAGGGACCAUCUUCCUCUUUCUCCCUUCUCAUUCCUCCAGCCUCUUCCCUCUUUCAAUUAUUUUUUUUUGUAAAGUGGAUGCCUUACUUUUUGGAUAAAUAUUUUUGAUGCUGUUAUUUCUAUUUCUUGUUUUGUUUUGUUUUGUUUUGUUUUUGCUACCAGGGAUUGAACUCGGGACCUUGUGCUCGCAAGGCAGGCGCCAGAACCACUGAGCUAAAUCCCCGGCCCUAUAUUGUUAUUUCUAUUUCUUUUUGAUUUUUUUUAAAUGUAAGGUUGUUUGGGGGGGUUAGAAUUAGACCCUUGACAAUAAUCUUGUCAAAAAGUUGGUUUGGGUUUUAGAAUUUUGUUCAUUUGUUUUGUGGAGGGUUUUUUUUAAUGUAAUAAAAUUUUAAAUGGAAAUGAA